CCAGGCAGCUUCUUGAUACAGUCAAAAUUCAAAUGAGACUGCGGAAAUGUGCAGGAAGAAAAGAAUAGAGACUCUACUGCAAUAAAAACUGAAGGGAAAAAAAAAUCAUUUACUUUUUCAUGAUGGCUGCUACUAUGGGUGAAAGUCAGUUGCAACGAAUUAUAAGAGAUUUGCAAGAUGCAGUAACUGAAUUAAAUAAGGAGUUUAAGGAAAUGGGAGAACCAAUCACUGAUGACAGCUCGAAUUUACAUAAAUUUUUCUACAAGCUUGAAUAUUUGUUGCAGUUUGACAUGAAGGAAAAAUCCACACUUCUAGGAAAUAAAAAAGAUUAUUGGGACUAUUUCUGUGACUGUCUUGCUAAAGUAAAAGGAGCAAAUGAUGGAAUACGUUUUGUUAAGUCUAUAUCAGAGUUAAAGACUUCCCUUGGAAAAGGCCGUGCAUUUUUGAGGUAUUCAUUAGUUCACCAAAGACUGGCAGAUACAUUGCAACAAUGUUUGAUGAAUAGCCGAGUUACCAGUGACUGGUAUUUUGCAAGAAGUCCUUUCCUGACCCCUAAAAUAAGCUCCGACAUCGUUGGUUACUUGUAUGAACUUACUGAAGUCCAAUUUGAUCUGGCAUCUAGAGGGUUUGACUUAGAUGCUUCAUGGCCAACAUUUGCCAGGAGAACUUUGACUUCACCAGGCUCCUCUGCUUUCAUGUGGAAAGCUCCAAGUCGCAGCUCCAGUAUGAGUAGCUUAGUGAGCAACUACUUGCAGGCCCAGGAAUUUGCAGCCAGUGCUGAAGCCAAUACCACUGUGGAAUCACUUGAAAGUUUGGAUGACAUGAGGAUUGAACUAGAUCAGACAGAACUCAAACUGAAGGAAUUAGAAAACCACGCUCAACAGCUUGAGAAGGAGAAUCAAAAUUUGCACAACUCUUUGCAAUUACAGACUGAACAGUUAAAACUUGAGAAAGAAGCAAAUCACAGAAUUACAUCUGAAAAUGCUCAUUUGACAAAACUGGUAGAGGAGUUACAAAAACAGUGUGAGGUAUCACAGUCCACCCAGAACAUUGUUCAGGAAUUGCAGAAGUGUGUGCAAACAUUAGAACUUAAUGAAACCGAGAGAGAGAAGAUAAAACCAACCGGAAUGGUAGAAACAUUUACCAAAGAUUAUUUAUCACAACUCGAGACUCUUUUCCAAGAGCUAGAAAAACACAAGCAAUUGGUCAGUACAAAAGAUGUAUUGAUUAAUGAACUGCAAAGAAAACUGAAUUCAACUGAAGUACAAGGAUCUACCAAUGAAAAGCCAACAUUGGUAUGUAUUACAGAAAACAAUAAAAGUGACUUGUGUCAUGAAGAAAUUGAAAAUAUUGACACUAAAGUGCUAAAAGAUGAGUUCAUGGUUUUUAUGACAUCACUUGAGGAAUCUUUUGAAGAAGCCAUGCAGUGCAAAGACAAUCUAUUGAAGACGUUUACUUUUAUAGAAGGAACCUCCGCCGAGUAUGACAUCAUUACAUCAGAACAGUUAAAUCUUCUAAAGGAGCAGUUUUCACAGAUGACUCAGAGUUUCUGUUCUAAUGAGAAAGGAAAAAAUAAACUUGUAAGGGAAGCUAAACGUUUCACAAAGGCUGUAGGAUACAUGCAUGAGCAAAUAUCUCGGCAAACUAUAGAGAUUGGAGACCUUUUUAAGAUGAAUAGCAACUUGAAAUUAGAGAAUGAAGAACUGAAACAAGCCGUGAUAGAACUUGAACAUAAAAACAUUGACCUACAGUCAUGUAAAACAUCAACAGAAGCAGAUUUGAUAAAGUUAAGUACAUCCAAUAAACAGGGAACUGAUCAGACAGAGGAUUCUCACUUGCCCUUUGUUGAAAGGGAAAAUAAACUUUUAAAGGAAAACAAAAAAUUAGAUGAAAACUUACAAAAUGCUAGAGUACAGUAUGGUAAUAUGGAAGAGAAUUAUGAAGUAUUGGAAAAUGAUUACAAAGAGCUUCAAAGUUGUGAAAAAGAAGCAACCAAUAAAUUGACCUUUCUUCAAACAGAUCUGGAAAAGGCAAAGUUGCAAAUUUCACAACUUGAGAAAAAUAUUAAUGUAUUUGAAGAAAAGGAAAAUAUGUUGGUGACAGCAUUGGAAGAGAAUAAUUUUGACGUUAAAGGACAACAGUUGUUAGUGUUAGCUAAUAAUAUAGAUGAGUGUGUAAAACAUUCACAAGUAAUUCUAGACAGUAACAUAGAACAGACGACCCUUUGUCAACAAGGACCUGAAUCUGUAAUGUCAGAAAAGAGUUCUGUUGAUGAGUCACAUUUUGGGAAAAAUUCAAAUCAAGUAGUGCGUUUAAAUGAAAUAGCACACAGCAUGUCUGUAGCAGAAAAGCAAAUUGAACUUGGCAUAAGGGAAAUAAAGAGAUUACAAGCUGAAGUCGUAAACAUGAAAGGUAACCUUAGACAGGUAGCUAAAGACAGAGACCAAGCUCAAGGAAAACUGGAGAUCACACAGACUCUAUUAAAUGAGAACCAGAUAUUGGUUGAACAACUUAAAAAACAAGUUGAACAUCUCAAUUUUCAGCACGUAGAAGAGAUCACAGAAUUUAAAGAAAGAGAGAGGCAGUUAUUGGAAACACAGGAAGAAAUUGUUAAGCAAAAAUCAGAUUUGGAAGAAAAUGUUACUUGUAUGAGAGAAGAGCUAAUACAAGUAAAAGAUUGUGUUCAAAUGACUAGUCUAGAUUAUACAGAUACUAAAGAUGAACUUCAGAGGAAUAACACAGAAAUGGCAGAGUUAGGUAUUCAGAUUUGUACUUUAACAUCUAAGAAAAAGAUGCUGGAAGACAGUUUAACCCAACUUAAAAACAAACUGCAAGAGAGUGAAUGUCAAGCUGCCCAAGACAAAGGGCAACUGCAAGCGGAUCUGGCUUCGGCACAGCAGCAUAACAAAGAACUGCUAAAGAAACUGAAAGAAUACGAACAGUGUACUGGUAACAUGGCAGCUCUUAAAACUGAACUGGAGAAUGUACAACUUGAGUUAAAAUUACUUAAAGAAAGCAGUCAAGAAGAGUUAUCAACUACAAAGUUUCAGAUGAGUGCUGAGAUUUUGAACUAUGAGGAAAAAUUCAAGGCUGCAAAUGAAGAGCUUGAAAAAGUUAAACAAGAGAUACGAUGCCAAAAGGAAAUGUGCUGUGAAUUAAAUAAGGAAGUCACUAUGCUGCAGGAUUUUCAUUCUCAGUUAAGCAGUCAACUAGAACGAAAGACAAUAGAUUGCACAGAAUUUGAAUCCAUUAUAAGUAAGCAGGAAGAAAAUGUAAAAAUGCUAAAUGAGGCCCUGACAAGAAAAGAAACCGAACUAGAAGAUGUAAAGAAACAGUUUGAGGAAUGCAAUGGGAAACUGGAUAACAUAACAAAAGAAAAUGAAAAUAACGAACAGAAGUUUUUAGCUAAUAUUGAUGAUCUAAACAGAACCAAGCAGUACCUUGAAGAACGUUUGAUAGAACUCAUCAGAGAUAAAGAUGCACUUUGGCAGAAAUCUGAUGCGCUAGAAUUUGAGCAGAAAAUCCGUGCAUCAGAGCGGUGGAUAAGAGACACAGAGGUGAAUCAGUGCCUGGACUGCAGAAAACAGUUUAACUGGAUGCUUCGUCGUCAUCAUUGCCGCCUUUGUGGACAUAUCUUCUGCUACUACUGCUGUAACAACUAUGUUAUGACAAAACACAGCGACAAAAAAGAGCGGUGCUGUCGGAAUUGUUAUAGGGAAAAUCAUAUCAAUAAUUCCAGUGGUUCUGAGGAGUCCCGGGCUGCAUCCAACACAGAAACUCGAGGAGUUACAGUUACAGAAGAAUCCAAACAAGACACAGUUUUUGAUAUUAUCACAGAUGAGGAACUUAACCAAGUGCAAGAAUGCGCCUCUUCUCAUAUUGAAGCAGAUUUAUUAGGUCAAUGUACUGCAGAAAUGAACAGUUCAUCUAAUUCAUUGAUUGAGGAUUCAGAAGACAUACAAAUGUCACAGGAUAAUGAAAUCUACUUAUUAACAACAGGAGAGCUAAUGUAA